UACAUAUGUACAAUUUUAUUGAAUUAUUUUUCUAUGUGAUAAAUUAUUUAAAUAAACAUAAUUUUAUAUUAGAGUAAUAGACAUACCAUUAUCACAUUUGGUGUUCAUGGUCAAGAGAAAGUUGUUAACCAAUCAAGAUGUUAUGACACAAUGUUUUUAUGAUUAAAGAAUUUUAAUGUGGGCUCAUAUACCUGUUACUUACCAUGAAAUGAAACUAAUAAAAUUUGAUCAGUUGGUUUGAUUGUUUUACAUUUAAUAAUUUUUAUUCUACACAAUCUUUUUAAUUAACCACAAAUAUGAAGUUACAGUUUCUUCUGUAUCUAGCUUUAUGGAGCAUAGUUUCUGUAUUGGGUGCAAAAUUUGAAGCUUUUUAUCCAAGAGAAGCAUAUGGAGUAAGUAAUGGAGCGUCUAGAUCACCCCACGGCCAUGGAUCAUUCUACAAGUACAGAAACCCUGCUCUUGUAGAUGCUAAAAAUUCUCCUGCUUAUGGAUAUAGAUUUGACGGGAAAAGGCGUUUCAAUUUUGACAAAUAAUUGAUGUACAUAUGUAUUUAGAAUUAGUAUUACUGUAUUGUUUGUCAAUAAUAAUAGUAAACAAAUAGUAAGAAAAAGCAGCAAAAUAUAGUGGUUCAAAUAAAGUAUAUAAACUAUAAAGUAACAAAUUAAUCAAUAAUUACU